UACUUUUUUUUGCAUUAGUUUUUCUCUUGUGUUGAUAAAAAUUUUAGCAAAUCAUCUCAUUCUCAUUGCAUUAACACAUUAUGUAAAUUGUCUUACAUCAUGUUUUCGUUUGCAGAGAAUAAGAAUGUCUUAAAGAAAAAGAGAUCUGUAUCCCGAUCACGCUCUCGCCCCAUUGACCACACAUUCAAGCUUCCUAUUGCACAAACUUCUUCAAGCGAAGGUACCAGUUUCGCAAACACAGUCAUUGAUCUAGGUGAGCUGCAUGUGAUGCAAGCAUCAACAUUCAGCAAAGUUUGGGGCGCCUACGAAAGUGGACCGGAUGAUCAAGGCGCCUCGGUGUACGAACCAACAGGACUGAGGUACGGAUAUUCUAUGUUAGGCAGCUACAGCCAACCCAACAACAAACCUCUUUUUGGAUAUGUUCUUGCAGCAAAGGAUAUUUCAGGAAGUACCACUAAUGGCACUUUAAAGCCACCAGUUGAUUACACAUUAGUAUCAAACACCGCAUCCGUCAUGGUUGAUCAAGACUCCCCUUUGUAUAUUUGGUUACCGAUAGCACCUGAUGGCUACCAUGCUGUAGGCCAUGUUGUCACCACAACACAAGACAAACCUUCCCCCGACAAAGUCAUGUGUGUCAGAGCAGACCUCACUGAGCAAUGUGAGUCUUCUACAUGGAUUUGGGGAUCAAACGACUUAAAUUUCUACGACGUUAGACCAAUUAAUAGAGGAAGUAAAGCUCCCGGUGUUCGCGUUGGCACCUUCGUUGCUCAAAAUGGUGGGAAUACUAACCCUCCAUCAAUUUCGUGUUUGAAGAAUCUCAAUUCUAUUUCACAAAUCAUGCCUAAUCAAACACAAAUUGAGACAUUACUCCACUCUUACUCUCCAUUCCUAUACUUACAUCCUGAUGAAGAAUACUUACCUUCCUCUGUCAAUUGGUUUUUCUCCAAUGGAGCGUUACUAUACAAGAAAGGUGAAGAGUCAAAUCCUGUUCCAAUAGAACAAAAUGGUACUAACCUUCCUCAGGAUCCUAACAAUGAUGGUGCCUAUUGGCUUGACCUACCUGUUGAUGAUGCAAACAAAGAAAGGGUCAAGCAAGGUAAUCUACAAAGUGCAGAAUCAUAUGUACAUGUGAAACCAAUGUAUGGAGGAACAUUCACUGAUAUUGCCAUGUGGGUUUUUUACCCUUUCAAUGGACCUGCAAAAGCUAAAAUAAAGUUUAUAAAUGUUAAAUUGGGAAAAGUAGGUGAACAUGUUGGUGAUUGGGAGCAUGUGACAUUAAGGGUAAGUAACUUGGAUGGUCAGUUAUGGCAUGUCUAUUUCUCUCAACAUAAUGGUGGUUCAUGGGUUGAUGCAUCUCAACUUGAGUUUCAAAUGGAUAAUAGCAGUUUUGAUUUUCCGACACAAAGACCUGUGGUUUAUGCUUCUCGGCAUGGUCAUGCAUCAUAUCCACAUGGUGGCCUUCAUCUACUAGGGAAAAAUGGAGUAGGUGCAAGAGAUGAUACUGAUAAAGGUAGCAAUGUUAUGGAUAUGGGAAAAUAUGUAUUGGUUUCUGCUGAGUAUUUGGAGUCUGAAGUUAAAGAGCCAGCAUGGUUGAAUUUUUUUAGGGAAUGGGGUCCACAUGUGGACUAUAGUCUAGAUGAUGAGUUGAAGAAUGUUGAGAAGUUAUUGCCUGGGAAGUUAAAAGAUGUUUUUGAAAAAAUUAUUAUGGGUUUACCAAAAGAAUUGCUGGGAGAGGAAGGACCAACAGGUCCAAAGGAAAAGGGUAAUUGGAAUGGUGAUGAAGUUUGAAUUUUGUAGACUUUUUUAGUUAGAUUGAUUCUUACAAAGUUCAAAAUUCAUUAAGAAUAAUGUUAUUGGUGCAAUUGUAUAAGAGGUUACAUAGUUUUUAAUCAAUCAG